CAGCUCUCCCUUUUGUUUGACGAUAAGCUAUCAAUUUUGACAUUAACUUCGAAUGAUAAUUAAUAAUUUGAAGGUACAUGAAAGCUGGGUACAAUAGACAUUGUAAGUGAAUGCAUGGUACUUACCUGUACCUUACAUUCACUUAAAACAGGUCCAUUGUCAGUGCAUAUUUCGAACUUUCGUGCAUAGUGCAAAACAAAAUUGUAUAAAAUCAUAAAAAAGGAUUUACUGUGAUACCUCCUAAAUGAACAUCUUUUAAUCUGAACUUGGUCAGUGAAAUUGACAAAAGUGUAUUCGACCAAAUGAGAGGCUGCUAAAAUACACCGAAGUGUUUGCACAAGAAAUGAACGGAGGAACGAAUGGCACUAACUUUGAUUUGACAAUGAACUCCGUCAGUACGCCUUCGGUCACAGAUACGACUGCACUGAGCAAUGUGACGACAAUUGACAGCGCAAAGCUCGCGGAGAAUACCACCAGUUUAAAGACGGUGACCUGGGACACAAGCAGGGACGGGGCAUCACAUUUCAGUGGUGUAUCAAGCUUUACAAGCACCGAUGGAAUUACCCGAGGAAAAAUUGAUAAUAGCACGUUGCAGACAUAUGAAAGCAAUGUCUCAACAACUUUGGUAGUGGGAGUUGUGGUUCCAGUUUUGAUUGUUGUCGUUGUUGUUUCCAUCAUUUUGAUUUGUGUGUUUAGAAAACGAGGAUGUAGCAAAGAAAAUGUGAGGGUUUGGCAGAUUGAAAGAACUCACACAAUACCUACACCAAAGCCACACGCAAGUUGGUAUGAAGAAGAUGGCGCUGAAGUUAACAGCGGUUUCAAUCCAGACAUAGAACUACAACCUAGUAACAUAUUUACAAACUCUGACGCCUUUAACCACGACGUGGAGAUAGCUGCAGAAAAAGACCGAUCCUUCAACAGCAGCUACGAAGAAAAAGAAACUGAAGUAUUUGGCUCUGACGAUAAGUCGUAUAAUCUAAAAGAUUAUGUAAUUGAAAGGGACGGAGAAGCAUCGAAUACGGAUUCAGAUCCUGAGAUUACUGAAAAGCAUUCAGAAGAUGACAUAGUAGUGACUCGUGAAGCUGCUUCAGCUGUAAAGGAAUCUACCAUGAAAACCAAAAGGUUUCAGAUAGUUGAAAAUACAAUUGGUGACUACGACUUAGCAGGACCUAUUGGUGGCGAUGAUGUUACAUCAGAGAAUGAAGAUACUGACACAAAUGGUACAGAAGACAAGAAAAGAAUUAUCGCAAAUGGUGAUGUAGAUGAUGGAGAAUAUGUAGCUAUGCAACUUGAAAAUAAUGACAGCGAUAACGUUGAACAGUUUCAGGAAAAUCAGCUAAGAUACACUGAAGACGAUGCAGAUGACAUUUAUACUAAUGUUGACAUAAGGAGAGUACAGAGUAUGCAAGUUACUAGUUUGUCAUAUUUACAGGGUGAAAACCAACCAGAAGAACACUUGCCUAAAAGAAUUGCAAGUGAAUGUGGAUUACAUUCUUCGAGACCACCAGUAGCUCAACCACGUGUAUCAAAAAAGAAGAGACUCGAUCCAAACGACUUUCUACCAGCUGUUCCAGUGAGAGCGCCUGUGAAUGAAACUCAAAGAAGUACAACUGAAACUACAUUUGGGCAAGCACUACACGAGGAACAGUGUUCAGAAGAUGACAGCUUAUCUGAUUCCUCUGGAAUGACUGUAAGAAUUAAUGGAGAUGUUAGGGUUGAUUCUGAUACAGACGAGCCGAAAGCGGAAGAUCUGUAUGACUAUCCAAGGCCACGUAGUCAAGUAUAUGAAGAUGAUGAUCCUGAUUCAAUCUACAAAGUUCCGCCAUCUAGAUAUUCAUAAACUAAAAUAUUCUUGCUCUUCCCGUUAAAUACACAUUCCCUCCCCUCUGAAGUAUUAUCGUGCUGUACUGAACGUUCGUAAUCCAAGAUCUAAUGUCAUUAUAAUUGUUACAUUCUUUUCCUCUGGUAUUUUUGUUUUCCUGACAAUUUGUUAGAACAUGUGAAGGCAUUCUAUAUGAUAGAUAGCAUAUCCACUUUUGGUGGAUUACUUUUCAUCCAAGUUGAAACUACAUUAAAUUUUUGAUACUGUCUGCCUAUUUAGCUCAAUAGGGAGAGCGUAAAUCUUAGAAUUGCUGGUUUUUGACUUUGAUCCGCGAGCGAAGCGUAUAUUCUCCAUGACGAUUUGAUAUUUAUAAAAUAUUGUGUCUAAUUUCAUUUUGUCAUCUGCCUCUGAUUCAUGUGGAGAAGUUAGCAUUUACUUUCGGAGAACAGUUAGUACUGUACAGAAUCAAGGAACACUGGUUAGGUUAACUGAUGAUAAUACUGUAGGAAAAUUGCGCUUUUAACCCAAAUCAAUCAACCAAACAAAUCAGUUCAAUAACAAAUUUCAAAAAUGUGCAUAAAUCGAACGAAUUUAAACACAAAACAAACAAACAGUUUUUUGAAACAUGACGCAACAACAUUACUGGAGAAAUGAAUAGAAAUGUAACGUAUAUAUCUAAGCUUCAGAUCAGUCAACUGCACGUAUUUGAUUCGUAGGCUCAUCAGCAGAGAAGAGUCUAGGGUGCUGAUUUUCUUUAAAAUAAUUCACCACCUUGUUGAAGUCACGAUUCUGGUAAGAGAAAAGGACUCCCUAGCCAAAAAUAUCCAGGAAUUUCAUUUAUCCUGACAACCAUCGCGGCAUGGAACUCUAUCCAUCACCCAUACAAAGUUACACUUCAGGUGCUAAUUAUUUGAACCACAUGUUGCAUCCGAACUUAUCUUCAGAAUGUAGAUACCAAAGGUAUUUUUAUCAGUUUUAAAGCUAGUGAAUCAGGUAUAAGGUGGCCAAUGAAUUUGUUUGAAACAUUAACCUUAUUUACACUUGUUUUUUGUUUGCCCGUUUCUUAAAACAUAAUUGGAUUUUCACUAGAUGUAUUUAAAAUUUGAUUUUCCAAUC